CGACAGUGGUGUUCGCACUCACCAUGAUGGUGAGCUCAGUGCUGGUGUACAACCUCAUGAACAACAUACAGGAGGAUGACCUCAUGAACCUGCAGACCUUCACGUCCUAUGGCAUCCAGGCUCAGGAAGACUGCGACUCCUCGCACGCUUUCCAGAGAUUACAGUUCCUGGUGCGGGACUGGGGCUUCCCGUACGAGACUCCCUACGGCCACAAGGGCGGCCAGGGCGUGCUUGAUGAGAUCCUUCAGAUUACGCCGAAGCAGCACCCGGCGCACCAGGACGUGCGCAGGGACCUGCGUAAAUGCUUCAGGGACAUCAACUGCUACCUCAUGCCGCACCCUGGCUUUAAGGUCAUCCAGUACGCCAACUUUGACGGCAGACUCGCUGAUAUUGAAGAGGAAUUCCUGACCCAUCUUCGAAUUCUGGUGCCCCAGCUUCUGGCGCCUGAGAACCUCGUCAAGAAGGAGUUCGGGGGACAGCCCAUCAAGGCCAGGGAUCUCUUCAAUUUCUUUAAGACCUUCAUGGAGGUUUUCAAAGACAUCGACCUGCCCGAGCCUACUACGCUAGUUGAGUUCGCGGCGCGAGCGAGCAGUCAGGCUGCGCUGGAGGCCGGCAAGGAGCUCUACACGGAAGCCAUGGACACGCUGGUGGGGGGCGACCGCCCCUUCCUUAAGACCGUCCAGAUGGAGGCCGAGCACGAGAAGGAGAAGCAGCGAGCCGUCGCUUCAUACCUCGAGAAGAAUAAAUACGGCAGGAAGAACCAGAGGGUCGUCGAGAAAUACCAAACGCAGCUGGAAGAGGAAAUUGACAAGCUCUUCGUGAAGUUUAUGGAGCAGAACGAAGCGAAGAACGUCUUCAAGGCCGCGCGCACCCCCGCGACGCUCUUCACGGCCCUCAUGAUCUUCUAUUUGCUGUCGGGCCUCUUCGGAGUCUUCGGCCUCUACCCCAUCGCCAGCAUCUGCAACAUGUGCAUGGGCGUCUUCCUGGUCAUGCUUACACUCUGGGCAUACGUGAGGUACAGCGGCGAGUUUCGCGACGUCGGCAUUUACAUCGAUGAAGUCGCCACUUUUCUUUGGGAAAAUUUACUGCAACCUAUAUACAGCACGUACAUGGAGAAGCCCUUGAAAGACGCAGCAGAGCAGGCAGCCCACCAGGCCAUGAACUCCGCCAUCAAUUCUGGGGUCAAAACCGCAGCCAACAACAAUGUCAAUAAGCCCCACAAGAGUUAGGAUAACCCUGAAAAACAACGUCCAUAAACCUCACAAGAAAUAGCCCCUCCUGCUGCAGCUCCCGUUGGAAGUCCCGGCUCCUCUGGGUCUGACUCGUCGAGUCCCAGUUCCUGGAGUGGCUGCUUCGUAGGACCCAGCUUCUCCUUUUCGCUCCAAGCCACUCUUUUUAUUUAUACGAACAUGUUUGACAUAGCACUAAAUUUGCUGUUCAUAAUUAUCCCAGUUAUAUACCAAUCAUACACGGCUUGAUCUUUGCUCCAACUUUCAUUAGUAUAGUCGAAAUUUUGUUUAUUUAGAAAGCAAAUGAAUCGUUCAUUGUGGUUUGCCGUGAAUUUACAUACCUAUUGCAGAUUUCGUAACUGUAUCAAAGUUUUGCUAUUAUCACUUAUUUGUUGCAGCAACUUAGUAUAAAUUUUGUGCUGGAUAUAAAAAAAGAACAUAUUUGAUCCAAAGAGAACAGUAAUAAAUGCUUUUGAUAAAUGAGAUCCGUGUUGUAGGUAAUUUGAGCAGUGUAAGAUGACAAUUGUAUUAGUUGCUAAUAACAAUGAGAAACGUGAUGGGUGCAAUGAUGUAGCCGGUGAAACCAUAACCUCAGAACGUUUUUUUCUUGCCCAAUGUUUUACAAUAAUAGUUAGUCUGUUAUUAAUGUUGCUAAGUGUUGCCUUUCUCAUAAGAUCUUCUAGAAUUUUAUAUCCAUGUCUAGUUUAUCAUCGAUCUUAAUUUUGUUUGCUCGAUAGGUAAGAACGGAAGCUAAAUGGAAAACUUUCCUGUUGAUAUCCAUUUCUCGUGUUGUGUUUUUGGAAACUUGUACACAUAUUUCUAAAAGCGCACCACUUGUGUCACAUGUAUAUUCUUGUGAAAUGUAAUCAUAAACUAAUAACAGACAGUUGCAUUUAUAUUUUUGUACUAAGUCCUGCAUAGCUUCGAUCAUUAAAUUGAUCGAUGUCUUGUUGCAUAUUUCAUGGUCAUUAAAUCUCUCUUCUUGUUCACUAUUUUGAUGUUGCUCAUCUUACUGUUGGAGGCGGUGUUCUUUACUAUAUUUUGUGGUCCUGCACUGUCACUGUUCUAAAAAAGUCCAGCCUCUUCUAAUUAAUCCAUCAUUUUAUCCAUACUAAAUUUACUAUUUUAUUUUUCACUUAGUGAUUGGGCUCAAGACCUACGGUACCGCUUUUGAAUCCCUUCUAAAUUUCUAAUUACCGAAUUUUUUUGGAUCCCGUUUCCUAAUGGCAGGAGGAGAAAUUGUUAUUUUUGUAAUUAUAAGUACAUACCUAAUAUAACCCACAAUUUACCCUAAUGAUGACUUUAAGAUUGUUGACUUUACUCCGCACUAGUUUUCGAAAUGUCUUCGUUGAUUCGUGUGGCAUUUAUUCACCACCUCAGUGUUCUUGCUGUUCAACUAAUAUGCUGGCCGUUCGCGUGUAGUUUUGUGAUGUAUGAGGAACAUGUUCUUAUAACAGUUUACACAUUAUAUUGUUGUUUUCGGUUACUCGCGUGUUAUUUAUGAUUUAAUUUUGAAAUUAUCAUCCGAGAUAGUUUGUUCUCCAUGCAUAUUUUACGAAGUUUCCUAACAUGGAGCUAUAGAGAAGUGCAAUUGCCGGAUGUCAUUUGGUUCUGAAUACAAAAAUUCGUUGCCAUACUCGAACCCGCGUGUAGGCGCAUGUAAGAUCCGCCUGGUGGCUUGUAUCACUUGCUUUAAAUUCGAAGUAAAUUUCCACUAGUAAAAUUACCACAUUUUACGUGGUCACCUAAUAUAAAAGAUUGGAUGGAUAUUUCGUACGUGGUUGCAGGAUUCGAAUUUCUUUCUCAUAUUCGAACUUCAUCUAUUCGCCCAUCUCUGAUGGUUCGAAUGCAGGCGUCUUGCAGUAAUGUUUUUUUUUUGUUGCUCAUAAUAUUCGCGCCAUUUCUCCGUAGAGUAACCAUGGUUAUAUUACCUGCUUUAAUUUCAUCCUCCUGAUUUCCUCUAAAGCAAAUGAAUGAUGAAUUAAUGGCAAUUUCGAGCUACGGCCCAAAAAUCGUGUUGUAGCUGAUAUAAAUUCAAAUUGAUCUUUAACUCCUCGAGUGUUUUGUCGUAAUAAAUGUGAUUUUGGUAUUUUGUAAUACAGGUAAUUCAAAAAUUAAUUUGAAUUCCCGUCACUUGUUGUUUGCUGCACUAAAGCUUAACCGUGUUGUGUUUUUGCAUGUUACUUUGAUUUACGUGUGUGGAGGAGUGACCCGCCGCGUCAUGCACGAGGCGGCCAUGACCAAUUCAACCAAUUAUUGAGUCGUUUGUGUUUAGGUUUCUUUUCAGGAAUGAUUUUGUGCACCGUUUUUUUUUAUUUGUAGUUCCUGUUCCUGUUGCCACAAAUUUUCAUUUUUCCUUGUGUGUUUAUUGAGUUGUAUUUUUGCCUGCAAUUAGAUAUUGAAGGUUUGCGGUUAUCGCCGAUCCUUUGAGCCAUAAAAUAUCACAAUGAAUGAACUUUUUGAUGAUCUUUGUGUGGUAAGUGGCAUCAUGUCGAACUUUCUCCUGUACGUCUGGUGGUUUGUGAUACAAAUCUAGCUGUUAUAACGUUCGAAUAUGUGACUAAUAUAUCGUAUUUUGGUUGACUUGAUUUCAUAUUUAGUGGUACUUACACUGUAGCUACAACUAAUGCACCAAGUUUCCUUACUGGGUUUUUGAAUAUAACGUUGUUUGUUUGAAUUAUUCCUCAGUGCCAUCAUUGUGAACGCAGCUUCGAUGUGGGACCCUCCCGUAUUUUUUGUAAGCGAACUUCUAGGUUAUAUUUAUUGCAUUUCUAAUACCUGAUAGAGGUUACCAUUCAAUCUUUAUUUUAAGGUUUUGAAGAAUCUGGAAUAUAUUUUCUUAUUGUUAAGCAUUGGCCUGCGCUAUGUUAUGUUUAUCUGCUGUGGGAGUCUUGGGCAAAAUUAUUAUUAUUAUAUAUAUUUGAUUGAAUUUAUAUUGAUCUUGCUGAUGAAAAAUAUGUUUAUGUUGGUGAUAUCAUCCACUCCACGUGAUGGAAUUGCUCAGUGGCUGACACUACGCAUGAUUAGGAAAACGAUUUGAUGAGAUAUUGGCGCGAGAUUAUGUAUGUCCAUUUCAUGUAUUUUGGCUUGACAUACUCCUGAGAAUAUCAAUAAUAUUGUACUAUAAAUUACUGUACAAAGUGUAUAAUGUACGUAUUGUUAAGCUCUUUGGAAUUGUAUGACCUUCAUAGUAAAAUUUGUUGAUCCACUUA